AUGGCUUCCAGUCUUUCUGAGCAGGGUUGCGAGGACUCUUACUCACUUCCACCCAGAUCCAGAGCAGGGAGCCGCGUAUCAGCUACUGCUGCUCAAUUCGCCAACAUCCAAUUAGUCGAUUCCCCUAGAACGCUACCGUUAGAGUCCAGCCCCUCGGUCAGGUCUGAGGCUCUCCAUUCCUCCGGCUAUAUCAGUCCCAACCCGCCCAACUCCGUAACCUUUCUUUCAACCUCCAACUCACAAGGAUACUCGCCUUUCCCUCUCCUACCACCCGAGAUCUUGAACGCAGAGUGGAACGAACACGAGGUACAUCACACUUCGGAUUCGACCCCUCUAGUCAGAGUGGACCCCGCCCAGGACUACUCUUCUAACCAGUCCUCUCCGCCACUACGAACCGGAGCAAGCAUGAGCACUGUUGCUAUUCCAUUUGACCCUUCAUUCACCAUGGGUAGCCGAUCAGCAUUCACCUGGCCUGGCCUCGACAACCCCGAAGCCAGCGGAUCAUUACUUGGCCACAACCUCUCUUCUCUCGGACACCACCAAGACGCCAGCCUCACACCCCCGAGUGGAUCCAGAUCAGUAACGUCAAGUCCGCCACGGGGGGCUUUGACGCCGGAGCAGAGGGAACUGAAGAAGCAGAGGGACAUGGCUCGCCGGGAUUCCAAGACGUCACAGCGCGUCCACAGAGCCGGUAGCAACCCGUACAUCCAUUCGCCUCCCCUCAGCCUACCUGACGUCUCUUCGACCAUGGGCGUACCCGUGUACACGACAGCACCAGCGUCAAUUUCCCUACUCGCAGAGCCAACGACUUCAAUGGGGUCAUCAUCGUACCUGCCGUCUUACAGCCCACCUCUAUCAGACCAUGGCUACCAGAGCGGAUACCCGCCGAUGAACCAGGCUUACAACAUGGGUGGCAUGGACUACUCCAACCAGUUCCAACCACCAGCGCAAUACGGAAGCCGACACUCGAUGCCCGUUGGACAAGACCCGAACCUGAUGUAUGGCGUGCCGCCUCCGAUGGGCCCCGGGGCCCCGGACCAAGGGGGCCACGUUCGAGUGGUGCAGAGCCGGCCCAAACCCCAGUGUUGGGAGCACGGCUGCAACGGAAGACAAUUUUCGACCUUUAGCAACCUCCUGAGGCAUCAAAGGGAAAAGUCUGGGCAGGCAACCAAGGCGACAUGCCCUAACUGCGGCGCCGAAUUCACGAGGACAACAGCGAGGAACGGCCACCUUCUCCACGACAAGUGCAAGCAGCGCCGAAACACGUGA